UUGCGUUAACCGCCCUGUGACCAUAGAACAUCAUGGGACAGUCGACCUCAUCCCCAUUGUCCCUCACCCUCGACCAUUGGUCAGAGGUGCGGAAGAGGGCUCACAAUCUCUCCUUGCAGGUCAAGAAGAGUAAAUGGCAGAAUUUCUGCUCGACUGAGUGGCCCACUUUUUCAGUGGGAUGGCUGCCGGAGGGGACUUUCCACCUGCCCCUCAUCCUAGCAGUUAAGAACAUCAUCUUCCGCCCCGGACAAGGGGGCCACCCUGAUCAGGUCGCUUACAUCUUGGUAUGGCAGGACCUCAGGGAGGAACCCCCACUGUGGGUGAAACCCUUUCUUCCCCCUUCUGACUCCUCUAUACCAAAACUCUUAGCUCUGAAAGGACCUCCCGCUUCCGCUCCGGCUCCGGUCCUGCCCGACGCUCCUUCUCCUUCAGCACCCUCUUCACCUGAGCCGAACCCCUCUUCUCCUCCGAUACCCACAUCCCCUCUGUAUCCCCCGCUCCCUACGAUGGCUUGCUCUGGGUCUACACCUCCGGGGCCCACAGGCCCAGCCCAGAACACUCGAAGCAAGCUACGGCCUGAGGACCCGGUUGUUACCCUCCCCCUUUGCCCCUACGGGCCCAUGAUAGAUGACGGGUCGGAUGGAGGGCAGAUGCCCGCUUUACAGUACUGGCCUUUUUCUACCUCAGAUCUCUAUAACUGGAAAAACAAUAACCCUCCUUUCUCUGAUGAUCCAUCUAAGUUAACAGGUUUAAUGGAUUCUAUCAUGUUCUCCCACCAACCCACAUGGGAUGACUGCCAGCAGCUUCUAGGGGUCCUGUUCACCACCGAGGAGAGAGACUGCAUCCUUCUGGAAGCCCGGAAAGCUGUUCCCGGAGAAAACAGCAGACCCACCCAGAGACCAGACCUGAUUGAUGAUUUCUUCCCCUUAAAGCGCCCCAACUGGGACCCCAACUCACCUACCGGUAGGCAGCAUCUUUCUAUCUAUCGCCAGACUCUAAUGGUAGGUCUCCAGGCGGCCGCAAGGCGCCCCACUAAUUUGGCCAAGGUAAGGGAAGUUACCCAAGGGCCUACUGAGACUCCCUCAGUUUUUCUGGAAUGCCUGAUGGAAGCUUACCGGCGGUACACGCCUUUUAACCCUGAAGAGGAAGGCCGACAAGGCUCAAUAGCCAUGGCCUUCAUAGGACAAUCGGCUCCUGAUAUAAGACGUAAGCUCCAAAGGCUGGAUGGUCUGCAAGACCUAACUCUGAGGGAUCUUGUUAAGGAAGCUGAAAAAGUCUACUAUAAACGGGAGACAGAAGAGGAAAAAGAGUUAGCUAGAGACAAGAGGCGGAACAAGAAAUUAGCUAAAAUGUUGGCCACAGUUAUUCAGGGAAAACCUGAGACAGGAAAGGGAAAGCCCACUCGCCCCCCAUUAGACCCUGACCAAUGUGCAUAUUGUAAGGAAAAAGGACACCUGAUCAAAGACUGUGAGAAAUUGAGAAAGAAACGAGCCAGAGAGGAACGAGAAAAACAGUCCUCGCAGUGGCCCCGAGCCCCCAUGCUCGCCUUAGAUGAAGAGGACUAGGGACUUCGGGGCUCGGACCCCCUCCCCGAGCUCAGGGUAAUGUUUAAAGUGGAGGGGACUCCCGUAGAAUUCGAGGUCAAUACGGGAGCUGUUUACUCGGCUCUUCAGGCCCCCUUAGGGGCCCUUUCAACUAAGAAAUCUCUAGUUCAAGGGGCUAACGGGAGCAAAUAUCGCUCGUGGACCACCGAGCGCACAGUUGACCUAGGCAAAGGAAAAGUAAAACACUCCUUCCUGGUUAUUCCUGAAUGCCCUGCUCCCCUCCUGGGACGAGACUUAUUAACCAAACUGGGGGCGAAAAUCUCCUUUGAGCCCCAAGGACCUCAGGUGACAUUCCGUAACCCAAAGGUUGGGCAACCCAUGGUUACAGUGUUAUCUCUAAAAUUGGAAGAUGAAUAUAGGCUCUAUGACCACCAAGACCCCCAGCCCAUCGCCCCUGCCUGGCUAACUGAUUUUAAAGACUCCUGGGCCAAGACAGCUGGGCUCGGGCUGGCAAAUAGCCAGCCCUUGUUUGCGUUUGAAUGGACAGACCCCGAGACUGGGUCCACCGGACAAUUGACCUGGACGCGCCUCCCACAGGGCUUCAAAAAUAGCCCGACCAUCUUUGAUGAGGCUCUACACAAGGAUUUAGCCCCCUUUCGGGCUCAACACCCGAACCUCACCCUCCUUCAAUAUGUAGAUGACUUGCUGCUGGCCGCGGACUCUCAGGGUGACUGCACCAGUGGAACUCAGGACAUUUUAUGUGAGUUGGCUAUCCUGGGAUAUAGGGCAUCGGCAAAAAAGGCUCAAAUUUGUAAACGAGAGGUAAUUUUCCUGGGCUACUCCUUAAAAGGGGGGAAAAGAUGGCUCACUGAGGCUAGAAAACAGACUGUGGUCCAGAUUCCCCCUCCGAAGAGCCAAAAACAAUUACGAGAAUUCCUGGGUACCGCAGGGUUUUGCCGGUUGUGGAUCCCUGGGUUCGCAACCUUGGCAGCUCCCCUAUACCCGUUACUGAAGGGGGGAUCUCCCUUUGUUUGGGAAAAAGACCACCAGCAGGCCUUUGAUGCCAUCAAGCGGGCCCUCCUAUCCGCUCCGGCCCUGGCCCUUCCUAAUGUGGAUAAACCCUUUACUCUCUUCAUUGAAGAGAAGAAAGGAAUAGCCAUUGCAGCGGCUGCCUUGCUCAUCAAGGAUGCUGAUAAAUUGACUUUGGGACAAAAAAUAACAAUCAUUGCCCCGCAUACGCUAGAAAGUAUCAUCCGCCAACCUCCGGACAGAUGGCUCUCAAAUGCCAGAGUUACUCAUUAUCAGAGUCUCUUGCUCAACAAGGACAAAAUAACUUUCGGACCCCCGGUGACUCUCAACCCGGCAACCCUGCUGCCGGAAGAAGCUCCGGAACCCAUCCUCCAUACCUGCCAAGACAUCCUGGCGGUAGAGGCCAGAGUACGACCGGACUUAUUGGAUUACCCCCUGUCUGAUGCGGAGGUGACUUACUUCACUGACGGGAGUAGCUUCUUGAUUCAAGGUAAGUGGUAUGCGGGGGUGGCUAUGACCGAUCACUCCAGUGUUAUCUGGACAGGCAGGCUAGAGGACGGGUCCUCAGCCCAAAAGGCAGAGUUGAUCGCUUUAACUAAGGCUCUGGAGCUCGCCAAAGGAAAGUGA